CUUUCCCUUCAGCUACCGACAUCUCGCGAGAUCGGCUAGUCGGCCCGCCCUCCUGCGCCUGCGCAGUUCUCUUCAAAGCAGAAGGUCGCGUUUGGAGGAAGUGGCGGCUUUGGGUCUCGUGACCGAGUCGCCGUUACUACUUUUCGGAAGCUCCUCUCGGCCGCUUGCCGGGACACUCUGCCGCCAAGAUGCCACGAAUUAUGAUCAAAGGGGGCGUGUGGAGGAACACCGAGGAUGAAAUUCUGAAAGCAGCAGUAAUGAAAUAUGGGAAAAACCAGUGGUCUAGGAUUGCCUCAUUGCUGCAUAGAAAAUCAGCAAAGCAGUGCAAAGCCAGAUGGUAUGAAUGGCUGGAUCCAAGCAUUAAGAAAACAGAAUGGUCCAGAGAAGAAGAGGAAAAACUCUUGCACUUGGCUAAGUUGAUGCCAACUCAGUGGAGGACUAUUGCUCCAAUAAUUGGAAGAACAGCAGCCCAGUGCUUGGAACACUAUGAAUUUCUCCUGGACAAAACUGCCCAAAGAGACAAUGAAGAGGAAACAACAGAUGAUCCACGAAAACUUAAACCUGGAGAAAUAGAUCCAAAUCCAGAAACAAAACCAGCACGGCCUGAUCCAAUUGAUAUGGAUGAGGAUGAACUUGAGAUGCUUUCUGAAGCUAGAGCCCGCCUGGCUAAUACUCAGGGAAAGAAGGCCAAGAGGAAAGCAAGAGAGAAACAAUUGGAAGAAGCAAGGCGUCUUGCUGCCCUUCAAAAAAGAAGAGAACUUCGAGCAGCUGGCAUAGAAAUUCAGAAGAAAAGAAAAAAGAAGAGAGGAGUUGAUUAUAAUGCUGAAAUCCCAUUUGAAAAAAAGCCUGCUCUUGGUUUUUAUGAUACUUCUGAGGAAAACUACCAGUCCCUUGAUGCAGAUUUUAGGAAAUUAAGACAACAGGAUCUUGAUGGGGAGCUAAGAUCUGAAAAAGAAGGAAGAGAUAGAAAAAAAGACAAACAGCAUUUGAAAAGGAAAAAAGAAUCUGAUUUGCCAUCAGCUAUUCUUCAAACUAGUGGUGUUUCUGAAUUUACUAAAAAGAGAAGCAAACUAGUUCUUCCUGCUCCUCAGAUUUCAGAUGCAGAACUUCAGGAAGUUGUAAAAGUAGGCCAAGCAAGUGAAAUUGCACGUCAGACUGCUGAGGAAUCUGGCAUAACAAACUCUGCUUCCAGUACUCUUUUGUCUGAGUACAAUGUCACCAACAAUAGCAUUGCUCUUAGAACACCCCGAACGCCAGCUUCCCAGGACAGAAUUCUGCAGGAAGCCCAGAACCUCAUGGCCUUGACCAAUGUGGACACCCCAUUAAAAGGUGGACUUAAUACCCCAUUGCAUGAGAGUGACUUCUCAGGCGUGACUCCACAGCGGCAAGUUGUACAGACUCCAAACACAGUUCUUUCUACCCCAUUCAGGACUCCUUCUAAUGGAGCUGAAGGGCUGACUCCUCGAAGUGGAACAACCCCUAAACCAGUUACUAAUUCUACCCCAGGUAGAACUCCUCUUAGAGACAAAUUAAACAUUAAUCCAGAAGAUGGAAUGGCAGACUAUAGUGAUCCCUCUUAUGUGAAACAGAUGGAAAGAGAAUCUCGUGAACAUCUCCGAUUAGGGUUGUUGGGACUUCCUGCCCCAAAGAAUGAUUUUGAAAUUGUUUUACCUGAAAAUGCUGAGAAGGAGCUCGAAGACCGGGAAGUGGAUGAUACUUAUAUUGAAGAUGCUGCUGACGUGGAUGCUCGAAAGCAGGCCAUACGAGAGGCAGAGCGGGUAAAGGAAAUGAAACGAAUGCACAAAGCUGUCCAGAAAGAUUUGCCAAGACCAUCUGAAGUAAAUGAAACUAUUCUAAGACCUUUAAAUGUAGAACCACCUCUAACAGAUUUACAGAAAAGUGAAGAACUAAUCAAAAAAGAAAUGAUUACAAUGCUUCAUUAUGACCUUCUUCAUCACCCCUAUGAGCCAUCUGGAAAUAAAAAAGGAAAAACUGUUGUAUUUGGUACUAACAAUUCUGAGCACAUUGCUUAUCUGGAACAUAACCCUUAUGAAAAGUUCUCCAAAGAAGAGCUGAAAAAGGCCCAAGAUGUUCUGGUGCAGGAGAUGGAAGUGGUCAAACAAGGAAUGAGUCAUGGAGAACUCUCGAGUGAAGCUUAUAACCAGGUGUGGGAAGAAUGCUACAGUCAAGUUUUAUAUCUUCCUGGGCAGAGCCGCUAUACACGGGCUAAUCUAGCUAGCAAAAAGGACAGAAUUGAAUCACUUGAAAAGAGGCUUGAGAUAAACAGGGGUCACAUGACGACGGAAGCUAAGAGAGCUGCAAAAAUGGAAAAGAAGAUGAAAAUUUUGCUUGGAGGUUACCAGUCUCGUGCUAUGGGGCUCAUGAAACAGUUGAAUGACUUGUGGGACCAAAUUGAGCAGGCUCACUUAGAGUUACGCACUUUUGAAGAACUCAAAAAACAUGAAGAUUCUGCUAUUCCCCGGAGGCUAGAGUGCCUAAAAGAAGAUGUGCAGCGACAACAGGACAGAGAGAAAGAGCUUCAGCAUAGAUAUGCUGAUUUACUGCUGGAGAAGGAGACUUUACAGUCAAAAUUCUGAAGCACAGUUUAUAUUCUGUCACAGGACAAAUUAAUUGCUGGUUUUCAUACUCUGCAAAGCUGAAACUGAUGUUUAUCUUCAUUGACAAAUUUACCCACCAUCUGUGGUUUUUUGGUUGUUUAUUUUAAAUGAUAUCGAUCUUACGUUCUAUGUUAAAGACUUUUAAUGCACCAGGACGGAUAAGGGUUUAAAUUAUUAAGAUGAUCAUUCUUUUAUCAGUGUCAUGUUUGCAAGAAUUUUUAGUUUUGGCCUUUUAAUUUAAAAAGCCUGACUCUAAAUUGCUGCCUGUGAGUAAACCCUUGAAUAAAAAUAAAAUAUAAAAAAUUGAGAAUGUAGCCUUUUGUUUGAAGUAAUUAGAGUUACCACAAAUCAGCAACUUUGUACUCUGUGUCACAUUUAAUGAGUAAGUCAUAGGUAACCAGAAUGACAAUCCAGUGUCUUCAAUCCUCAAGAGGCAACCCUAUAUAGAGCAUAGAGUGGUCAUUUCUCUACACUGACUAGAUUAAAUUCUUAAUACCUCAGAAUUUUUUUUUUCAGUGUCACUUUAGGGAAGGCCUCUUUGUCAGCUACUUAGACAGUGUAUGGAUUAUAACUUGAAAGGUUUAAUUUUCCUUGACCUGUUAUUUUCUUGUAAUUAUGUUUUUGACAAAGGCCAUCUUAAAAGUUGAUUUCAACAAGGCCGUCAUAUUUUAUUAAAGCUCUGUAUUUGGCUUAACAGGUCAAUUACACAGCUAUAGAAUUUGGGGAAUAGAAUAAGAGAUGAAAACAUUAAAUAAUUAUUUCAUGUGCAAGCACUAGGAAGAUCUAAUUUUAUAACAAUUCAUAUAAAAUUAUUUAGUACAGUAUUAGUUGCUUACAAGCUCAGUAUAGGCCAAAUUAUGUGUUGGACUCAGAAAAAAGUUUGCUCAAUCUUAGAAAUUAGGGACUAGAAGGAGGAAGGAGGCACUCAUUUAUUCAUCCAUUCAUUCACUCACUCAUUCACCAGCUGUGUAUUGUGCUAGAGUCUUGGAGAUAGAACAAAGAUUAAAGUAGUCUUGGUUCUGGUUUUGUGGCCCUUACAGUCUGUUGAGAAUGACAGACAAUUUGAAAUUCAUAUUUUUUGGGGUGACUCUUUAUGUGUCAGUGAUUUGAGUAUUGGAGAUGAGCAGUUUUUAAAACAAAGUUCUUUUCUCAGUGACAUUAGUUGGGAAGGAAUACUAAACAUGUUCAGAUCAUGAAUUUUAGAUUUUAUGGAGGAAAUUUUAGAUUUUAUGGGGAAAAUUAAAAUAGGAUGAUAUUAUCAAAGCGAUCUCAUGAAAAAUCUAACAUUUCCGAUAACGUGGGAUUGCCACUUUGGAAAGAGCUGUCCUCAUGAGAUUCAGAGAAAGCACAUUCUAGGGGCGUUAGUAUGGUAUGAUUGAAUAGGCCCACAUGUAUAAGGACAUGGUAAGAAAUUGGGUCUUAAGUACAAAGGGAAGUUAUGAGAACAUUUUAAAGAAAGGAAUGACAGAUCAGAUUUUUUUUAGAAACAUUACUUCUGGCCAUAUUACAUAAUGUCUCACUUAGUUGAAGAUAGGGAAGCCAGUUAAUUAAGGAGUCCUACUCAGUAAACUAGACAAAUAGUAAUAGGGUCUCAAACCGGUUGAGGCUGGGUGGGGUGGGGUAGGAGGAUGGAGCUAGGUGGAGAGAUUUGCCAGGUAAUACUUCUAUAGUCUUAGAGCAUAAAUUGAUAUUUUCCUGGUAUCUAGUCACUUAGUUCUACUUUUUCUAGAAAUUUUUCCUGGUUUUUCUAGGAAAUAAUAUCCUUUAUGGAUAAUGAUAAUAUUUCUUUAAUGCAUUUAUUUCAUUUUCAUUGCAUGUUUUGUUGGCUGAUAUGUUUAGAACAAUGUUAAAUGAUGAUGUUGGUGGAUGUUCUUGUUUUGUUUCUGGUUUUAAUGGGAAUAUCCAUAGUGUUUUAAGUUGGCCUUUUGAGUUAGAUGUUCUUUAUAUAGAAAGGUAGUAUCUCUGUUUUUAACUCUUAAAGAUUUUGAAUUAGAAAUCACUCUUGAAUCUCAUCAAAUAGACUUUGGGGGCAUUUAUUUAAUAUGAUCAUAUAGUUUUUGUCAUUUUGGUAUGUUGAUGACUUAUAUUAAUGAAUGUUGCAACAUUAAACUCUCUACUCCUAGAAUCAGUUAGAUUCAUUUUUAAAAAUUGUUUUUAAGCAGUUCAUUGUUUAUUUGCAUUUGUGUAGACUUGAAUUAUAAGGGUUUGAAAUAGCUGAUCUAAUUAAAGACUCACUUUGUUUUCAAAAUUUGAAAUAAUACACAUACUAAGAGCACCCCCCCACCCCAAAAUCACCAAAUUGCAAAAUUUCGAAAUGGGCAGUCUCAGUUAUAAGCUACUUAUGCUUUUGUCAUAUGCAGUGUCCCUUUCUCUGGUAAAUAGACACACUAUCAUCCUUUGUUAGUGUUCCGGAAUGCCCAGGGUUCUUUACUAGCACCAUGCUGACAGUCUACUGACUGUUGUAACCUUCAUGUUGGUCAUGUUUUCUCUUGGGCACUCAUUAAGUGUUAGUGUUAAACUAGUGUUGAAAACAUGUUCAAGUCUCAGUAACUCUGGGACCAAAUUUAAAUCUGAUUGAGAUUUAAACCACCACCAUGAGUAAGGGUCCUCUUUGAAAAAUUAGAACUAAUGCCAGCAAAACAAAGACUAAUAUCAAAGAAAAACUAUCGUACAGUGAUAGCUGAAGUAUGCCAUCUAACCAUGGAUCCUCCCUGGGAAUGCAUUUCUCUUAAAAUGUGACUGUCCUGUUGGUCUUUUAGAAUUUGACUGACUUAUCUAUUAUUCAGGGAAGUUUACAUGUUUAUAUAGGUGAAAUAGGUGUUUUGGGCUAUUGGACAAAUAAUGACAUUGGGAUUUUGCUAGCUCUGCAAAGUAAAUAGGAGGGUUGUAUGUAUUUUUCUGUGCAUUAAGCAGUUACAGCUGGGAAUGACUUGAUCCAAGAAAGAUUCAAAGAGUGUGCUUGUGAAAUUUGAGUUCAGAGCCCUGUUUGGAAAUGAUUUCUCAAUAAUUGUCAGUUUCAUGAUUACUAGUAUGCUACCCAUUUUUAAGUUUAAGCAACUUUAUAAAAUUUUAAAUUUUGUUUUAAAUUGUAUUUCUCCUUUUGUUAUUUGCUAAAUUUUAGUAAUUUGUACUCUUCCAGAAUUUUUUUUUGUUUUUAAAAAAUGAUUUAAAAUAAGAGUUUUAAUAGAAAUCUCUUUUCAAUUAAUUAUACUACUUUUAAGAAAUUUGCUUUCUCUUAGUUCUGCCACUUUUUUACUUCAUUAGUCUUGUUAAAGAUAUGCCUUUUCCCUUCAGAAAACUAAUGUUUUAUCAGUGUGAUUUUGAUAUAAAAUGCAUUCAUUUCUUAUAUUAUUUGCUUUUUUUCUAGAUUUUUUUCCUCUUUUUAUGUGAUGCUUAUUUUUUGUAUGUAUGCAUUUGUCUAUGUUGAAGGCUUUUGAGUUUUCCCUAAGUUCAAAAUGUUAACAUCCCAGCCAUUUUUAUAUGUAGUAGCCUUGUUUUCUAAGUAGUUUAUUGUUACGUUUUAAAUUUUUGAUUCAGCAAUUAAGAAUACUUAAAAAUU